UUCGUUUAAUAUCUCUUCAACGAAGCCUCGGACAACAUUUUCGCUAAGGAAAAAGUUGUUUCAAAUCAACCCCCGAAUCACCCCUUUCAAGGACCUCUAACAUUUGUAUAGAUACUGAUACUGACUGAUACCAUGAUACUCUGACUGAUGCAGUUCAAUGAACAUAUGGGUUAUCAGUUAUGUUAGGUUAUGUGGCAAUGAAAAAAGAAAGGAUGCGUUUUUUCUCAUGAAGAUAAAUUCUUUCUUUUUACACUUUUAUUGUCCAUUACCAUUAAGUACAUAAGACAAUAUAUUAUACUGCCUCAUAAUAUUAUUUACAUUUUAUCACUGAGAAUGGAAAUUUACACAAUUUUCACAAAAUAUGUAAGAAAUGAGCGAAAGUGACGAUAACGAUUUAGAAUUAUGUCCUUCGACACUGGCCGCCUUAAAUGAGUUUCUUAAAGAGAAAGAGGAAAGAGAAAAUCAAUUGAAGUCCAUUUUAGAAAACCAAGCUACAGAUGUUUCUUUUGACGAAAAUUGGCAAUUAAGUCAGUUUUGGUACGACGAAGAAACAACAGAUACUCUUAUCAAAGGUGCAAUAAAUUCUACAGGGGCUCAUGGAAAGAUUGCUCUAAUUUCUUGUCCUACACUUUAUAAGAAACUGAAAAACAAUUGUGGCGAUCGGCAAGUUGUCCUUUUCGAGUAUGACGAACGAUUCAAAGUGUUCAGUCCGGAUUUCAUUCCAUACAACUAUAAAUUUCCUUUGGAUGUUCCAAAAGAUAUGUCAGGUUUCUAUGAUUUGGUCAUAGCCGAUCCACCAUUUCUAUCUGAUGAAUGUUUAACGAAGACUGCUCUUACGAUCAAAUUCUUGGCGAAAAAGAACAUUGUUCUCUGUACAGGUGCUGUGAUGGCAGAAUUGGCAGAAAGAUUAUUGGACGUUACAAUUUGCAAUUUUAUACCUCAUCAUCAGAAUAAUCUUGCGAAUGAAUUUUACUGUUACGCAAACUUCAAUUUUGAUCAAAUGUUGAAAUAAAUAAAGAAUCAAUCUACAGUUUUACCAAAGUAACGCGAAUUUUAAAUAUUUGAAAUGUUCGUUACGUUUCGCACGAAUGCGUUACUUCCGGUUCUUAAAUAUUUCGGAGUUGAGAAAGUUCGGAGUACUUACACAAAAUAUUACCCCGAAUAUUCCG